AUGUCGAAUGACGGUGAGAUGUCGGAUGAUCCCAAUACGGUGAUCAUCCCCGUCGAGGACGAGAAAAGCGAUGGUGACAGAACCACCUGGCCGGCGAACGAUCAAGGUUCUCGGUUCGUCUACAGCCUACGCGAUGAUGAGGGUUGGCGCAUCGGUCUCGCCCAAAUGUGGGUAGAGAAGCAAAUGGGUGCUCCAGAAGACGACAUCAUGUACAUUCUGGAAAAGCUACCUGAAGGCUAUGUCCUGAUGGAUCGCCCACGAGGAGGAGGUACGGACAACAAGGUACGAGACUCGUUCCUGUUUGGGCACCCAAGUGGCAGAUACUUCCAGUCUCGUGUCACCUUUUUCGUGCAUUUCUACUGGUUGAUGACCGAUCGAGCGCAACCAUGCGAGUGUAAGCUCUGCGCCAAGCAACUCCAGUCAGGCUCCAGGCCAGUGGGAGAAUACAGACCCCGAAAGCGUGAGUCGCCUUUUCCCUAUAUCCAACCUUUCCCCCUCACCACUCAGAAUAUAGAUGCUUACCACCUCACCACCAUUUCAGGACGCACUAAAGCUGAGAUGGAGGCCGACAGGGCCAAAAUGUCGGGCAACGAAAACACCGCCGCGAGCGGAAGCGGAAGAUCCACCUCUUCCAAGCUACCUGGAGAUGAAGAGGGCCCUGAUUACUGGAAGAUCCAUAUCAUGGAUCUUAAGGAGAAGGGCACACUUGACGAGAAGAUCAACCACCCACUGAAUAUGGACUGGGUUUUCACACACAAGUACCUCGACGACUACUUCGUGCGUCUCACCCUCCAGCCAGCCUUUGUCCCCCGGCGCGGCGAAACCGUCCUCUGGACCCCUACCCUUGACGGCACUCUCGAAUACAACACGGAGACUCAAGCAUUCGAAGUACGCGCCAAAGACGGCAAGUGGCUCGGUAUGCCGGACUGGCGUGCCGGGGUUGUCACGCAAGUUUCCGAAGAGCAGUCAAGCUACCUCGACAUCACGCACCAGACCAAGAAGAAGCAGCCGAUCUCGUACUCUGGAUUCCGCGUCGAGACACUCCCCGACCCUCUUGAAGACGACAAGUCCUACUCGCUGCACUACAACCUGCUGCAUAAGGUUCGCUUCCAUGGAACCUGGCCAAAUGCCCGCAUCGACUGCAAGGGCAUUUUCAUUGGCACGGAGCUUAUUGCCAUCUCGGACGCAGCGCGCUUGAAGCCCUUCGGUAUGAAAGCCGAAGAUAUGGAAGACAACCAGGGCAAAGUCAAAAAGGGCCUUGGACUUACUGUCACCGACGUGAUGGUUGUUGAGCAGAUCUGGCUGCAACUCGACGACUGCAAUGCCGACCCGAAUGACGAGCAACUUGCAAAGAAAAUGGUCCCCUACAUUGCCGGCAAAGUGUACACUCGCGAUCCCCAGCGGCUUAACCGGAUUAUGCCAUUCGACGCCGAUCCCCUGGAGAAGCUCACUCCUCGAGAGGUCGACAAUGCCUUCUCGCAGGUGGGCAUGCGCGUGUAUGGCCGGUGGUACCGUGUUGCAGCGGGCAAGACUUGUGUCGUAUCGCCGGGCAUGAUUCUAGGCCGAUGCUACGAACCCGAGGCCACCUUCUUGAACUUCCGGACCUUUGAUAUCGACUACGACCUUCACGGUAUCCUAAGCGGCAGACGGUACUCGGUCCAGACUGACGCCCGCAUUCCGCCAGGCCUGGACUUUUUCUGGGGCGACAACCGCGUGGAAACCCUCGGUCUCGCAACCAUGAACGGAAUUGAUGUCGGAGUAGCCGCGGAACAGCGUGAUGACCCCGUGAGAUGGCAGGCUAUUCUUCGAAUUCUGCAGGGAAGUACAUCCGAGACCGACUACCGGCUGGCGGAUCUGGGAAUUUCAAAGCCACCUAGGGGCCGUCCGCGCGCGAAGAAGACCUUCAGUGAGGUCAGGAAGCUGAGCAAGCUCGUUAGCACCGGGCUGGGUGCAGUGACCGAGAACGAAGAUGCUGGAGAAGGGUCCGCGGGACCUGGGGCAAGUACUCCGUCGGAUAUGGAUCUCUCGGAGUCGGAGCUGAUAGCAUCGAUUCCAUUCCGGGAGCCAAGCGAGGGACCGGAGUACAAGCCUUGA